CCAAGUUCCAAAUCCAAAAGAGCUGCCCUAUCGUUAAUCUUCUGAGGAGCCAGAAACCCUAUCCCUUCAAACUGAACCAGUUCGUUCCCUCGAAGGUCCAAUUGGCCUCUCGGGUUCGUUCCAAGCCCAAUCACCAUCUCCCUCCCUCCCCUUGCGUCCUUUCUCUCUCCUCUGCAAAACCCUAGAUCGAUCUCCGGUGACUUUGAGGCUCGGUUUCCGAGCUUCCUCCUUCAACUCCGCGUUUCGGUCUUCGCGGUCUCGGUCCCUUCUUUCAGCUGUCUGCCAGGUAGAGCAUAGAUAUAUUUUAAGACAAAAUGGCUACCAUUGAACAAGACAAAAUGGUGACCCCUGGCGUGAAGAAUGAUCCCGUUCGUUUGGAUGCUCAUCCUAGCAAUGAUCUAGCAACUUCUGAAUCAGUUCCUGACAGUAGGUUUGGAGAUUUUGAAUCUCAGCCCGACAAUGACCGCUCAAGUACUGAAACAGCUAAGCAGGGGCUUCACAUGUCCAAGAGCCAAGCCACUAGUGAGGAAGCAACCGGCAAUCAGUCUGUUAAUUCUGAAUCAGAAAUUAGCAACAAGCCAGGUGAUUUUGAGGCCGAACUCAACAAUCAGCUUGUUCAUUCUGAGGUAUCAUCUGCCAAUCAGUUGGACGACCCGGAGGAUCAGCUAGUUAACUCUGAAGCUCCUCCUGAAAAGCUGCUCACCCCUGAAGGUCCACCUAACAGCCGGUUGGUCAAUUCUGAGGCACCCUUGAACAGUGGUCAGGUUAAUUCUGAUACAAAAGCCAGCAAUGAGGUGGUUAGUUCUGAAACACAGUCCAGCGUCGAAGUGAUUAUUUCUGAAACUCCACCCAGCUCUGAGGUGGUUAUGACGUUGAAAACAGAAUCCAGCAAUGAAGCAGUCAUACCUGAGACGCAGCCUGGCAAUGACGCUUUCAUAUCUGAAACACAGACUAAUGGUGAUAUCAUAAUGUCUGAAGCAAAUUCCAUAACGCAUCCCAACAAUCAGUUCGCCCAUCCUGAACAUCUUCCCAAUAAUCAGUUCACCAAUUUCCACGUGCUUGAUGAAAAUCAGAUGCCAAUUCCUGAAUCGCUCCAUAAUUUUGAGACUGAACCGCUGCAAAACAAUAAUCCCACUGACACCAAGCCAAUACUCGACAAUAAUCUGGCCCAUUAUGAAACAGUGCCCAACAAUCAUUUGACACAUUCUGAGACAAUAACCGAUGUGACGAGCUCUGAAUUUUUAUCCCAUGAUCAGUUAGCAAAUUCUCAAAUGUUGUCUCACUAUGAGCUAGCAAACAGUGAAGCAGUGAACAACAAUCAACUAAUUGUUUCUCAAUCGCAGUACGAGAUAGUAAAUACUGAAACCCCACCUAGCUAUGAGAUAAUAGAUGCUUCUGCACAGCCCAAUGAUGAGGAACGUGCUCCAGAAACUCAGCCAAGCAAGCGGAGGAAAAAGAAAUCCGUAGUCUGGGAGCACUUCACUAUAGAAACCAUCAGUCCUGGAUGUAGAAGGGCAUGCUGCAAACAAUGCAAGCAAAGUUUCGCCUAUAGUACAGGUUCAAAAGUUGCUGGUACCAGCCACCUCAAACGCCACAUUGCCAAGGGGACCUGCUCGGCACUUCUUCGUAACCAGCAGCAGAAUCAAUUAACUCCAUAUACUCCACGUGGAAGAGGAAGUGGGGGUGGCGGUGCUAGUGAUACACCAAAAAGACGUUAUAGAUCCCCUAGCACACCAUACAUGAUAUUCAAUCAAGAUCGAUGUCGCCAUGAGAUUGCUAAAAUGAUCAUCAUGCAUGAUUACCCGCUUCACAUGGUUGAGCAUCCGGGAUUUGUUACCUUUGUCCAAAAUCUACAGCCCCAGUUCAAUAUGGUAACCUUUAACACCAUCCAAGGAGAUUGUGUUGAUGCGUAUCUGAGAGAAAAACAAAACCUUAUGAAGUAUUUUGAGGGAAUACCAGGACGUAUUUGUCUGACACUGGAUAUGUGGACGUCCAGCCAGUCUGUAGGGUACGUGUAUAUUAAUGCGCAUUUUGUUGAUAUUGAUUGGAAGCUACGGAGGCGGAUUCUCAAUGUUGUUAUGGAACCCUACCCUGAUUCUGACUCUGCUCUCAGCCAUGCUGUUGCUGUUUGUCUUUCUGAUUGGAGUUUGGAGGGUAGACUCUUCUCUAUCACUUCUAAUCAGGCAUUGAAUGGUGCUGCUUUUGAAAAUCUCAGACCUUUACUCUCGGUAAAGAAUCCACUUAUCCUCAAUGGUCAGUUGGUGCUUGGUAACUGCAUUGCCCGUGAGUUAAGCAGGGUCGCAACUGAUUUAUUGGGAUCAGCACAAGACAUAGUUAGGAAAAUUCGUAGUAGUGUAAAAUAUGUGAAAACAUCAGAAUCACGUGAGGAAAAGUUCCUGGAGCUCAAGCAGCAACUUCAGGUUCCCAGUGAAAAGAACCUGUUCAUUGAUGACCAGACUCAAUGGAACACGACAUACCAAAUGCUUGUGGCUGCUUCUGAAUUGAAGGAAGUAUUUUGUUGUUUGGAUACUUCUGAUCCUGAUUACAAAGGAGCGCCUACAAUGCAAGAUUGGAGGCUGGUUGAGACCCUCUGCACAUGCUUGAAACCCAUUUAUGAUGUGGCAAACAUUCUUACCACAACAACCAAUGAUCCCGCUGCGAUAACAUUUUUUCAAGAAGUUUGGAAGUUGCAGUUGGAGUUGGCUCGUGCAGUGAUGAGUGAGGAUCCCUUUGUUAGGAACCUCAAUAAAAUUAUGCAAGAAAAAAUUGAGAAAUACUGGAGAGAGUGCAGUCUGGUGUGGGCAAUUGCAGUAGUUAUGGAUCCUCGUUUGAAGAUGAAGUUUGUUGAGUAUAGUUUCUCGAGAGUAUUAGGUGAGGAUGCCCAUGAAUAUAUCAAAAUCGUUGAUGAUGGAAUUCAUGAGCUGUUUCAUGAGUAUGAUGCUCUUCCCCUCCCACUAACUCCAGCAUAUCCAGGAGGAGGAAAGGGAAACCAGACGAAGACGGAGGAAUAUCCAGGGGGAACUCUGUUAUCAGAUAGUGGUCUUACUGAUUUUGAUGCCUACAUCAUGGAAACUAGUAGCCAACAAAUGAAGUCAGAACUAGACCAGUAUCUGGAAGAAUCACUGCUACCCCGUGUUCCAGAAUUCGAUGUAUUAGGUUGGUGGAGACUGAACAGAGUCAAGUACCCAACUCUUUCCAAGAUGGCUCGGGAUAUUUUGUGUAUCCCAGUAUCAACUGUUCCUCCUCACUCUGCUUUUGAUGCAAAAAGCAAAGAGAUGGAUCAGUACCGGAUCUCCUUGCGACCAGAGACGGUGGAAGCCCUUGUUUGUGCCAAGGACUGGAUGCAGCAUGGCAUGUAGCUGCCGAAUCUUCCAGUGCGGCUGUGAAAAUGGGAUAUUCUAGAUUUGAGGUGGAAGGUUGUCGCGGGUAGUUUACUUCUCUUUGUUCAUACUUCUCUGUUAGGCUAUAUAAUUUGUAUCAUAUUUAGAUUUGUAUUCCGCUGAAAAACGCGCAACGUUCAAUUUCUUGUGUACCUUCAGUUUUAGAUCCUGAUAUAUUUGAGCCUUCAUAGGUGGCUCCGACUAUUUGUCAUGAAGGUGAUGAUAAUCAUGAAACCAGUCACUCUUC